AUGUCUACGUCUAGGACGCGGCUGUUCGCUCAUAGAAACGUUCCUUCUGCAGCGGCAUUUCUACAAAGUGCAGGAGGAGUUGCUGUCGGUCCUAUCUUGAAUGCUUCCAAGCUGAAGGCUUUGCUUCUUGCUGACGGUAACUCCGCUCGGAAAUGGAAAGCCUUAGAUCUUUCCAGCAGCAACAUCAGGAAGAUAGAGCUUUCCCUGGGAGAAGUUGCGGCUCUAGACUUCGAAUGCCUGACCCACCUUGACUUGGAUGGAAACCUGCUAGUCUUGCUAGAUGGCCAUUCGUUACCUUUUCCUCAUCUACAAACGCUGCGGGCCAGCAACUGCCGCAUCAACACCAUCACAAACUUUGGCUCCCACUUUCGACUUCGCCAGCUGGACCUUAGUGGUAACCAGCUAACAAGCAUAAUAAAUCUAUCCAAUACCCCUUUGCGUUUCACACUUCGCGAGCUAAAUUUGGCUAGGAAUCAAAUAAGCGAUUUCAAAGGUCUUGCUGCUUUGAGCACAUUCAAAUCCCUCGAGGUCUUGGACUUAAGGCAAAACCCCAUAUGCAAUUUCGGCAACGUUGCUGAAGGGUUUGCGUUGAUUUGCUGCACAACUCUUCGUCAGCUUAACGGUCACACAGUUUCACCAGGAGUGAGGGAGGCAGUAGAUACCUGGGCGCGGGACGAAGCGUGUGGCCGCGCCACCGUGGCAGCUGUGGAGGCUUUCCGGGAAACCCUUCAACAUCCCGACGGUCCUUCGCUGCUUUGCUCAACGAGUCACCCGUCGAUGGUGGGACGCUUCAACAGAAUGCGAAGUGUCAGGGCCGGCCCCGAGUUGCCAUACACCAGCACAGCCGAUGCCUCCGUGAAUUCCGAUGCCAAUGGCUCCGAUUCCGUAUAUACGAAGGGGCAAACAGUGGAGGAAGAGGCCUGUCGGCAAGUUGUGCAACCCAAUCCGAAGACGGUACAGAGAAGGGCCAAGCGUGCACUGUCGGAGACAACGAACAGCGAAUCACAGAGUGCUAUCGCUGUGGCUCACCGGAAACUCGAGACAGCGCUGCUUUGUUACUGGAGCGCAUGA